CAGGGGCAGCACCGAGGGACAGCGUCAUCGACUCGCGCUUCGUCACGUGAUCUUUGUGGGUCACGGUCACAUGAUCGUGCUGGGGGUGCGGGGCGAGGAAACUGGACGAGCCGCUCCCGCGAUGGACAGCAGGAUCCCCUAUGACGAUUAUCCUGUCGUCUUCCUGCCGGCCUAUGAGAACCCGCCGGCCUGGAUCCCUCCUCACGAGAGAGUUUACCACCCUGACUACAAUAAUGAGUUGACCCAGUACCUGCCUCGCACUAUUGUGCUGAAGAAGCCUCCUGGGGCUCAGCUGGGCUUCAACAUUCGAGGAGGAAAGGCCUCCCAGCUGGGAAUCUUCAUCUCCAAGGUGAUCCCUGACUCAGAUGCACACAGAGCAGGGCUUCAGGAGGGAGACCAGGUCCUGGCCGUUAACGAUGUAGAUUUCCAGGACAUUGAGCACAGCAAGGCUGUCGAGAUCUUGAAGACUGCCCGUGAGAUAAUCAUGCGAGUGCGUUACUUCCCCUACAAUUACCAGAGGCAGAAGGAGAGAACCGUUCACUGUCCCUGAUGGGGUCCUCCCCAGUAAUGGCUGCUCUGCCCUGCAAUUCAUUGGGUCACAGCAAGAAGACUCUGCUCUCCUCAGCAUUGGGGAGAUUUGACACGAAACUAGAUUUUCCUUCAAGUUUCAGCUUCGGGUAGAGGUGUGACUAUCCCACUGGUUCCAUGAGCCUCAGCUUCCACAAGAUCCCAGCUCUGUUCUUUGUACUGAUGGACCCAACCUCUUCCUGCUGUUUACACCAUGGAGUCAAGGACGCAACAGGACAGGGAGCUGGACUCUAAACUCCACUUUCUGACUCAGGCACUGCGUUGCAGAGGUUGAUGGAGAAGUGGGGUAUGGAGGAUGCUGGGGCAUGAUGGGUGUCUUCUCUAGCUAGACGUGUAUCCAUGGAGUGAGUGUCUGUUCCAAUAUGUGAUUGCUUCUUUUAAAGGAGAUUCUUAGGGGGUGCAGCUCUUGUCCAUCUCAACAAUGAGGUGUGAGGCUAAAGAGUGUGGGUCUGUAUACAUGCACCAUGUCUGAAACCUGUCAUGUCUGAAUUAGAGCACAAGAUGAGGGGGCUGUGGUGCUGAUUCUAAGCCAAGCACAGAGCAAGCUUUUUCUUUCCAGUGUGGUCUUGAAUGUCUUUUGCCCUACCCAUCAUGCACUUCAAAAUUGUACAACACGAAUGAAGCAGCUACUGCUUGCUGGGUGGAGGGAAAAAGUAGCUGGCAGAAGGCACAGCCAAGCUGCUGUCUGCCUCCGCCCGCUUCACUAUCCACUGGAGUUUCCUUUAAAGUAGGCCCUGUACCUUGUUCACAGCACAGUAGCACUUACCUCCCCAGAGCCUAAAUGGAACAAGUGCUAUGUGGUAAGAGAAUGGGUGGGGUCAGUUACUGCAUAGGAGAUGGACUCGUUCUCCCUGUCUGGUAGCCACUUGCUGUAGCCUGACACUGGCAUCUUCCCCCAUUCUAGAAGGUAAACAGGCUCUUCAGCCCUUUUUAUGGACAUGGCUAGAAAUCCUUCCCACCCCUACCCUCCCCUGAGCUGCUCCUUUCUAGGACAAUGGGUUGGUUGGGAUCCAGGGAAGAGAAAGGAGGUAACUCCAGUGAACUUCAGUAUGUGUGUCUGUCCAGCCAUCUUCCUGGAUUUUGAGAGUAAGGCAUAUGCUUGUAUCCUGUCAUGACUUAACAGUGGAGUAACUCUUGGGACUGGUUUUCAAAUCAUGCUUGCUGUGGUCUAGCACCAAACAGACAAUUGUUCUGCUAGGCUCCUUGUGGCGCACUGCUGCUUUCACUGUUAAGCAUUUCCUGCUGCUGAUGUGGUGGAUAUUAUUUACUGAGGACACAUCCUUCAUUGUGCAGUAUCACAUCAUUUAUCCCUUUACUACUCUCUCCCUUUACGACUCCCAGCCAGCUGUAUAGGGGGAGGUACCUGCACUCAUCCCUCAUGUUCCAUCCCUGUAGACAGGUCUCACAGCCUGCUACUGGAUUAACUGAAUGUUGGUUAUUUAUGACACGAAAGAGAACCCACCAUGCCCUAUAUGGGGAAGCUUAUUGCAGUUUCUCUUAGCAGUUGACUUCUUGGUAGGAAGCACAACAGUAGUGUCAUUAUCCUCAAAGCUUCUUUGCUCUUGCCAAACAAGAUUUGGGGCUAGGUCUGCCUUCCUGGGCUGGGAUUUGUUCUAUUACUUUAUAGGCACCUAAAAGUCUUAAUAAAAAAAGUUAGUUUUGAA